AUGCUGGGCUUUGGCGUUGUCGGUGGUGGAGUUGUUGAACUACUGAAACCAUAUGAGCAUAUCAUCUCACUGGUUAAAAUAUGUGUUCGCGAUGUCGGUAAGAGUCGCGACGUCGCUCUACCGGACGGCUGCGAGGUUGUCACUGAUGCCCAGUGCAUAUUCGAUGACGCCUCCAUAGAUAUCGUCAUCGAGGUUAUGGGAGGAACAGAUACUGCUUGGACGUACACCAAGCACGCCAUGGAAGCUGGCAAGCACAUCGUGACGGCUAAUAAAGCGCUGAUAUCGAAAUACAUGGACGCGAUAGAGAAGCUGGCAUUGGAGAACAACGUACAGUUCUUAUAUGAGGCUGCGGUGUGUGGUGGUAUACCGAUAGUUAACACCGCACUACGUGGGCUCAGGGCUGACACAUUCAAUCACAUCUCUGGGAUCAUGAAUGGAAGCACUAACUACAUCCUCUCGCGCAUGGAGCAUGAGGGAGUCUCCUACGAUGAGGCUGGGGUAUCUCGAAGCGGAUCCUAG